AUGGCGGCCCCCAAGCAAUCGAUCCUCCCGCUCCUCAAAGCGCUCUCCACCGCGCGCAACACCGUCACACCCGACCUCAUCACCUCCGCCAUCGCACUGAGCUUCCGCGACGAGCUCUCCCCCGCCCAGACAGCGGCCCUCCUCACCGCCCUGCACUUCACAGGCCUCGACCAGCAGCCCGCCAUCAUCGCUGCCGCCGCAACCGCCAUGCGUGACGCCGGCCUCCUAAUCCCAGCCCUCCCCGACGCCGUCCACGGAACACACUCAGCGCCGGGCAGCUACGGCGGCGGCCUCGUCGACAUCGUCGGCACCGGCGGCGACGGCCACAACACCUUCAACGUCUCCACAACCUCCGCCAUCCUCGCCUCCGGCUGCGGCCUCCGCAUCUGCAAGCACGGCAACAAAGCCUCCACCUCCACCUCCGGCUCCGCCGAUAUCCUCACCUCGCUCGGCGCACGCCUGUCCGCCGUGACGCCCCCCGUCGUCGCAGACAUCUUUGCCGGCGCAGACGCAAACUUCUGCUUCCUGUUUGCGCCCGUGUACCAUCCGGGGAUGCGGCACGUCGCUGGCAUCCGGCGGGAGCUGGGCUUCAGGACGAUUUUCAACCUGCUGGGGCCGCUGGUGAAUCCCGUGGAUUAUUCGGUUCCCGGGGGACUGGAGGCGAGGAUAAUCGGUGUGGGGAGACGGGAGCUGGGGACGGUGUUUGCAGAGACGCUGAGGCUGCUGGGGUGCCGGAAGGGCAUGGUAGUGUGUGGUGAGGAAGGGCUGGACGAGGUGUCGUGCGAGGGGCGCACCGAGUGCUGGAGGCUCGUUGAGGAGGACGGGGAGGUUGCGGUGGAUCAUUUCUGGGUGCACCCGGUGGAGACAUUUGGGCUGGGAGCACACCCGCUCAGUGAUGUGGCGGGCGGGAAGAGCGCCGGGGAAAAUGCGGUCAUUCUACGGAGACUCUUGACUGGGAAGGGUGUUGAGAGCGAUAGGCCGGUGAAGGAGUUCAUAUUGGUGAACACGGCGGCGCUGUUGGUUGUGGCCGGGGCGGUCGGGGAGGUAGAGAGAGUGCCAGAGGGCGAGGUUGCGAGGGGCGAGGUGUGGAAGAAGGCGGUGAAGAGGGCGGAGGAGGCCAUGGGCGAUGGGAGCGCGUGGAAGGAGUGGUGUAGCUUUGUGGAGGUUAGUGGUAAGGCGGACGAUGCCCAGAAAGUGUAG